GCGCCGAGGGGCCGGAGGUGCGCGCACUCGCGAAGUUGCCUCUGCGCUGCAGUCGGUCUGUUUUCCAAGGGCCUCCUUUCUUACGCACGUUUGUCUUUUUUCCCUCAGAGUGCCAUUAAGGGGAAAUUGCAAGAAUUAGGAGCUUAUGUGGAUGAAGAACUUCCUGAUUACAUUAUGGUGAUGGUGGCCAACAAGAAAAGUCAGGACCAAAUGACAGAGGACCUGUCCCUGUUUCUAGGGAACAACACAAUUCGAUUCACCGUAUGGCUUCAUGGUGUAUUAGAUAAACUUCGUUCUGUAACAACUGAUCCCUCCAGUCUAAAGUCUUCUGAUACCAACAUCUUUGAGAGUAACGUGCCUUCAAGCAAGAGUGGUUUCAGUCGGGGAGAUGAGAGAAGGCACGAAGCUGCGGUGCCACCUCUUGCAGUUUCCAGCACUAGACCUGAAAAAAGAGAUUCUAGAGUUUCUACAAGUUCACAGGAGCAGAAGGCCGCUAAUGUCAGACAAACUUACGAUGAUGGAGCUGCAACCCGACUAAUGUCAACAGUGAAACCUUUGAGGGAGCCAGCACCAUCUGAAGAUGUGAUUGAUAUUAAGCCAGAACCAGAUGAUCUCAUUGAUGAAGACCUCAAUUUUGUGCAGGAGAAUACCUUAUCUCAGAAAAAACCUACAGUGACACUUACAUAUGGCUCUUCUCGCCCUUCUAUUGAAAUUUAUCGACCACCUGCAAGUCGAAAUGCAGAAAGUAGUGCUCAUUUAAACAGGCUGCAAUUUCAACAACAGCAGAACAGUAUUCAUGCUGCCAAGCAACUUGAUAUGCAGAAUACCCGGGUAUAUGAAACAGGACGUUUGUGUGAGCCAGAAGUGCUUAACAACUUGGAGGAGACUUACAGUCCCUUCUUCAGAAACAACUCAGAAAAGAUGAGUAUUGAGGAAGAAAACUUCCGGAAGAGAAAGUUGCCUGUGGUAAGUUCAGUUGUUAAAGUAAAAAAAUUCAAUCAUGAUGGAGAAGAGGAGGAGGAAGAUGAUGAUUGUGGGUCCCGUACAGGAAGCAUCUCCAGCAGUGUGUCUGUGCCAGCAAAACCUGAACGGAGACCUUCACUUCCACCUUCUAAACAAGCUAACAAGAAUCUAAUUUUGAAGGCUAUAUCUGAAGCUCAAGAAUCUGUCACAAAAACAACUAACUAUUCUACAGUCUCACAGAAACAGACACUUCCAGUUGCUCCCAGAACUCGAACUUCUCAAGAAGAAUUGCUUGCAGAAAUGGUCCAGGGGCAAAGCAGGACCCCCAGAAUAAAUUCACCGAUUAAAGAAGAGGAAACAAAAGGAGAUAACACAGAAAAAAGUCAAGGAACUCAACAGAAGCAGUUGUUAUCUCGACUGCAGAUUGACCCAGUGAUGGCAGAAACUCUGCAGAUCAGUCAAGAUUACUAUGACAUGGAAUCCAUGGUCCAUGCAGACACAAGAUCAUUUAUUCUGAAGAAGCCAAAGCUGUCUGAGGAGAUAGUAGUGGCACCAAACCAAGAGUCGGGGAUGAAGACCGCAGAUACCCUUCGGGUACUGACAGGACACCUUAUGCAGACACGAGAUCUUGUACAACCAGAUAAACCUGCAAGUCCCAAGUUUAUAGUGACGCUGGAUGGUGUCCCCAGCCCCCCAGGAUACAUGUCAGAUCAAGAGGAGGACAUGAGCUUUGAAGGAAUGAGACCCGCACACCACAGCGCAGCCUCACACGAGGGACUCGCGGGGCUCCUCCACCCGCAGCAGUGGCGCUUGCUGAGCAGGCAGCUUGAGGACCCAGAUGGUAGCUUUUCAAACGCUGAGAUGAGUGAACUGAGUGUGGCGCAGAAACCAGAAAAACUUCUGGAGCGCUGCAAGUACUGGCCGGCCUGUAAGAACGGGGACGAGUGUGCCUACCAUCACCCCAUUUCACCGUGCAAAGCCUUCCCCAAUUGUAAGUUUGCUGAAAAAUGUUUGUUUGUUCAUCCAAAUUGUAAAUAUGAUGCAAAAUGUACUAAACCAGAUUGUCCCUUCACUCACAUGAGUAGAAGAAUUCCAGUACUGUCUCCAAAACCAGUUACACCACCAGCACCACCUUCUAGUAGUCAGCUCUGCCGUUACUUCCCUGCUUGUAAGAAAAUGGAAUGUCCCUUCUAUCAUCCAAAACACUGUAGAUUUAAUACUCAGUGUACAAGACCUGACUGCACAUUUUAUCAUCCCACCAUUACUGUACCACCACGACAUGCCUUGAAAUGGAUUCGACCUCAAACCAGUGAAUGACACCCAGUCCUACCUGGCAGAAGAUUAUGGAGUUUGAAAGUUUCCAUCUACUGAUGAGAAAGACAUUCUACAGAAUUUGUCAAAUCUUUGAAACUUGGAAUAUAUUGCUUUCAUAAUAUGAAGUUUAUUGCCUAUCUGAAGUGUCUAAUUUUUCAAGUUUGUAAGUUUAUUAAGUGAUUUUAACAUUGGGUGUUUUUUGUUUUGUUUUGAUUAUGAAAAUACAGUUUAAGGAAAAGCUGAAUUCUAUUAAAACAUUUGAGGCAUGUUUGUACACUGCUGUUUUCAAGUAUCAGCUUUUAUAGCGUGAUGUCAUUGUCAGUACUGAUAAUCCAGCUUGAGCCCCAGUGUUGCUGUCUGUACAGAGAGAUGUAUGUGGGGAGCAUCUGACGCCAGAAGUUGGAUUGUCACGUUCACGUUUCCACUCUGAAAACAGGAACGGCCUGAAGUGCUGAGGUGGCUUAAAAUAGUUACUCAAUCCUACUUUUUAAUUUUAAGCAAAUUUAGUUUGAAAAGCAUGAUAGCACAGCUUUUUGGGUUGAGUGCCACUUUGGUGAAUGGUUCCCACAUAUCUAGUCCCUUGCCUUCUGGGAAAGUGUCAGUGAGCUGGGGCAGGUAGGGUGAAAACAGUUGGAAUGGCAAGGGCGAAAAAUAUGAACAAUUCCUUAAAACGCUUUCAUUUACUGUUAACAUAUGCUUUUUAAAUAUUUUGGGGAUCUACAUUAUCACAAAAUAAUACAAAAUUUUUUACAAGUAUAUGCUUAAGGUAUCAGAACAAACUUUAAACUCAUAAGAUUAUAGCUUUACAUAUAUUCUCACAUUCUGAAAAAUAACAUUCUUAGAAAUAACCACAGAAAAUAGUUAUUACUAAAGAUAAUUUUUAAAUGUAAAAAUUAGAUUUAAAUAGUAUAUUUUAAAUGACAGACUAUAAUUACAGAGAUCAGAUGGGUUAACUGCAAAAUAUAACUAAACUUUUGGACUACUGAAUGAAAAUACAUAAUAUUGUGUAUAGUUUUAAAGUUAUUAAGGCAAGAAGUGUCAGAUGCUUUAGAAUUAACGGAUCACUGAUUUUAGAGACUUGAUAUAUAGUGUUUUUUAAAGUAAAGCUAAAAGUUGGUUAGGAAAGAGCUAAUGCAAAAGGGAUAGUAAAGAUCAAAACAUUCUGAGGACCAAAUUAACUAUAUUGAAAAAAAGUACAUUGAUUUGCUUCGUCAUAUACCCAAGGGAUAAUAAAACGACAUGUGU